GAUCAACCGCAUCCUCGUACGGGAGCCACUGCGAUGCAUGUUGCUGCCGCUAAGGGUUAUACUCAACUCCUGGAGUUACUGAUCAAGGCCGGCGGCAAUAUUCUAGCCAGAGAUAAGGAUGGAUGGACGCCUUUGCAUGCCGCAGCCCAUUGGGCAGAGAAAGAUUCGUGUAAAAUUCUUCUCGAACAUGGUGCCAGCGUGAAUGAUACCAACUAUGCGGGUCAAAAUGUAUUAGCCGUAGCUGAUAAAGAUGUUGUGGAAUACUUAGAGGAUUUAGAGCGAUCUGUUGAUAAGCGGAAAUCUCCUCCAACAGCUCCUGCUGGAGUGUUGCAAGUAAGUUCUCAAUUUACACGUGAGUGCCAUUUUCUUCUCAAAUUUGUUUUUUGA